AUGAUCGAAGGUCGAGCAAAUGAACUACCUGAUUUUCAAGUCUUUCAGACGGUAAUCAAGUACUGUCUGUUUAUAAUUAUCGUACCAGUACUUUCCUUUUUUUUUGUGAAAAGUCUUGUAUUCGAUGGAGUAUUAAGACUAGAACCCGUUACGAGCAGUGUAUACUCUGCUAUAGUGGCGGUUGUUGUUUUACAUGUUACAUUAGGCAUGUAUAUCUAUAGAGCGUAUAACGAAGCAGAGAAAGCACCUAAGCCAAUGAAAAAAGAUUAA